UAUUGUGAAGUCAGUGGCUACCAGGCCCUGAGCGCAGCCCCUCAAGGUGACUGAGGAGCCCAGGAUGUUGAAGAGAGCUAGAAGGAGGUGCCAAGAACACUGGGCUGCCUCCUGCCAUCCAGCUUGCAGUCCAACAUGUGAGUAACAUCAACACAGAUGAAAAGUCAUCGAAUGUGCCCAGUUGGGAAUAUCAUCCUGGCAGACAUUGAACUAGGAGGUAGAGCCCUGGAGAGGUGUUUAUUUUCUGAACUAAAAAAGCUCUUCAGCUUGGCAGCCUCCUCCGUGCAUUCACCUGCCUCUUACACAGUGAAGUCAUCACUCUUUCUGACAGGCCUGUCAUUUUUAUGAUGAUUUCUUUGCCGGAGCCUAAAUACAAAAAUGCAGGUGAACCGGAUUCUGUGUUUUCCAGAAAAAGGCAAAUCAAGGACUAAAACAAGGUGAUCGAGGGACUUGAACAGUGGAAAAGAGCAGUCAUGGUCUAGGAACCUUAGAAGGACAAUUGCUCACAGGCAAUUUCAUAACCAGCUUGGAAGGAAUCAAACAAAGGCAAUAGCUUUCCUCUGAUGGACAUGGGAAAGCUUCCUGGUAAAGGCUCGGACCAUGGUGCAGUCCCACUGGCUCCCCUGCCCCCCUCUCCUGUGAGACUGGCUGCGGGGAGGGAUCAUGGAUACUUGUCUGCCGGCUUCUGGUUCCCACGCAAGUAAGCCUGCUGUCAAUGGAGGAGGACAUUGAUACCCGCAAAAUCAACAACAGUUUCCUGCGCGACCACAGCUAUGCGACCGAAGCUGACAUUAUCUCUACGGUAGAAUUCAACCACACGGGAGAAUUACUAGCGACAGGGGACAAGGGGGGUCGGGUUGUAAUAUUUCAACGAGAGCAGGAGAGUAAAAAUCAGGUUCAUCGUAGGGGUGAAUACAAUGUUUACAGCACAUUCCAGAGCCAUGAACCAGAGUUCGAUUACCUGAAGAGUUUAGAAAUAGAAGAAAAAAUCAAUAAAAUAAGAUGGCUCCCUCAGCAGAAUGCAGCCUACUUCCUUCUGUCUACUAACGACAAAACUGUGAAGCUGUGGAAAGUCAGCGAGCGUGACAAGAGACCAGAGGGCUACAACCUGAAGGAUGAGGAAGGCCGACUCCGGGAUCCGGCCACCAUCACCACCUUGCGGGUGCCUGUCCUGAGACCCAUGGACCUGAUGGUGGAGGCCACCCCGCGAAGAGUAUUUUCCAAUGCACACACGUACCACAUCAACUCUAUAUCAGUCAACAGCGACUAUGAGACCUAUAUGUCAGCUGAUGACCUAAGGAUUAACCUAUGGAACUUUGAAAUAACCAAUCAAAGUUUUAAUAUCGUUGACAUUAAGCCAGCCAACAUGGAGGAGCUCACAGAGGUGAUCACCGCGGCCGAGUUCCACCCCCAUCACUGCAACACCUUCGUGUACAGCAGCAGCAAAGGGACAAUCCGGCUGUGUGACAUGAGGGCGUCGGCCCUGUGUGACAGGCACACCAAGUUUUUUGAAGAGCCAGAAGACCCAAGCAACAGGUCGUUUUUCUCUGAAAUUAUCUCUUCGAUUUCGGAUGUGAAAUUCAGCCACAGUGGGAGGUAUAUCAUGACCAGGGACUAUCUGACUGUCAAAGUCUGGGAUCUCAACAUGGAAAAUCGCCCCAUCGAGACUUACCAGGUCCACGACUACCUCCGCAGCAAGUUGUGCUCCCUCUAUGAAAAUGACUGCAUUUUUGAUAAAUUUGAGUGUGUGUGGAACGGGUCAGACAGUGUCAUCAUGACGGGCUCCUACAACAACUUCUUCAGGAUGUUUGACCGAAACACCAAGCGCGAUGUUACCUUGGAAGCCUCGAGGGAGAACAGCAAACCCCGGGCUAUCCUCAAACCACGGAAAGUGUGCGUGGGGGGCAAGCGGAGAAAAGAUGAGAUCAGCGUCGACAGUCUGGACUUUAGCAAAAAGAUCUUGCAUACAGCUUGGCAUCCUUCAGAAAAUAUUAUAGCAGUGGCGGCUACAAAUAACCUAUAUAUAUUCCAGGACAAGGUUAACUAGGAGGGCAAGUUAUUACUUAUUAAUCUCACAUACUGAAUACUAGUCACACCUGGUUUUAAAUGUUUCUUUGGGUCUUCAUUUGAUGCAUUGACUUUACUUUCCCUAUGCAGAAAACGAUCGGAAUCAAAUUGAAAGGAGUGUCACUUUCCCAAAUCCCCGGUUCUCUAAGAAACUUUUGUCCAGCCCAAUAAGUUCUGGGACACGUCUGUUUAGAGUUGAGAGCUGCCAGCUGACGGUUCUUCUUCCAUAGUUGACUUGAAUUUCUGAUGCUUUUGUUGCCCAGUUUUCUCUGGUGGGUCCAGUGUUUUGUUUCUAGGUGUCUGCUGAGAUAAAAUGAGAUUGUCUGUAGUAUUUAAAGAGAAAAGAGAUUAAGUUUUUUUUUUAAUUGAGCAAUUCCAUUUGAUUGGGGGAAAAAAAACAACAAAAAAUAAACACCGUUUACUCU